GUUCUAGCUUAAGGAUGACAUAAUGACAAUGAAGAUAGAGAUGCUUGAUGAUAUAUCAGAGAUGUUCCCUUUACUGAUCUUCAGGAGAAAUCCAUACCUUCAGAAAAGAUCUCGUGUACUCGAAAAACGGGGUUGUUACAAUAAACCUUCAUACUUCACACUCAUCAACUAAGCUAUAUAUAAUAAAUUCAUUAUAGGUAUCCAAAUGCACCUGUCACCUCCAUCUUCCCUCAAUCAAGUUGUCAUUCCCGUUUCAGAAACUAAUCAAACAAGACACCAUCAUAAUAAAGGCAGCCUUGCAAGUCCACCAGGGGCAAUAAUGGUGAAAAGAGCAGAGAGGAUACUUCUGAGACUCUGAGAGCAAGGGUAGUGGUGGUGGCAGUGGCCGUGGCAGCGUUGAGAUGAGAUCAGAGCCAUCGAUAACAUCACUUGAGAGUGGAAUAACAUUGAGCACAUCAACGCUGGUAGUUCUGUCAAGCAGGGUAUCAAAGGCGCUGAGGUUUGAGGACUUGCUGAGAGCACCAGCUGAGUUGAUUGGGAGAGGGAUGCAUGGGAGCCUCUACAAGGUGAUGCUAGUCAACGGUGUGUUCUUGGCUGUGAAGAGGAUCAAGGAUUGGGGAAUCUCCAAAAGUGAUUUCCAGAGGAGAAUUGGGAAAGUUAGCCAAGUCAACCAUCCAUUUGUGUUGCCACCUCUUGCUUACUAUUGUUCCCGCUAAGAGAAGCUUCUUGCAUAUGAGUACAUGGACAAUGGGAGUCUCUUCAACAUGCUCUACAAAGUUGGCCCUCUGGUACAAAAUUCUUGAGCUUAGGUUCUUGCUUCAGAAGCCAUUUUCAAGUUCAAAUAGGUUACCUCAGGAUCCGGUCAAGUUUUCAUUUUGUGAAGCAGAUGGAAAUGUUAGAGUAGCAUACUCAGAUUUGAUUACUUCUUCCAAUGAGACUUUAGAUUCUAUAUUGGAACUCCAAGAGCUGCACAAUAUAGGACAAAGUUCUACUCAUCACGUGCACGACAACACCUUAACUGCAGCUGUGAUUUUUGAUGAGAUUCCAGAAGACGAUAAAGAGGUUUUCUUAACGGGUGCUACUUCCAAGCUCGGCAGAUAAAUACAUUUUUCUAGGAUUAGUAUAAGGACUAAGUUUUUUAUGUACAUAGUAUCACUUUUCUUUUUCUUUUUUAUAUGAAAUGUUCAUAGAGUUUAAGUGUUAUAACUAUUUUUUUUCUUUUUUCUUUUUAUUUGCAUCACGAAUCAAACUUGUACAAUGAUUAUUGAUUAAUAAAAGAGGCUAUAAAAAUUUU